AUGUCUCUCGCAACCUUGGAUACGUCGCAACACCCUAAUCUCCCCGCCUCGGCGGCCACCCUAUUCUCCGCCAAGGCAGCAAAGAAGUUGAGCUUCGAGGAAAUCGCGUCGCACAUCGGUCGCAAUGAAGUUGCCGCAGCCGCCAUCUUCUAUGGGCAGGCCAAAGCAUCGGAAGAGGAUAUCCUGAAGCUGUCUGAGGUGCUCGACAUUCCCCAAGCUCAGCUGGCGGAGCAGCUUGGUGGAUUCCCGGACCGAGGCCGAACAGUGGAGAUGCCACCGAGGGAGCCUCUUAUCUAUCGGCUGUACGAGAUUGUGCAGAACUAUGGAUAUGCUUAUAAAGCGGUGCUGAAUGAGAAGUUUGGAGACGGUAUCAUGAGUGCUAUCUCGUUUUCGACGAAGGUGGAAAAAGAGACAGAUGCUGAUGGUAAUAAUUGGGCCGUGAUUACUCUACGUGGAAAAUGGUUGCCUUUCUCUCGAUUUUGA